AUGGCUGAACUGCCUGGGACAGAAUUAACCAUUGACCCAGCACACUGCAGCGGCAGGUUCACCAUAAAUACCCUGAUCAGCACUGAGGACAGCAGCAAGCCUCGUUACAGGUUCCCAGAUGCCACUACCUACGACACCACCCAGGCCACCCACCUCUCUCACAACAGCACUUUCUACAUGAGGACUUUUGGCUACAACACCAUUGAUGUUGUCCCUGCCUAUGAACAUUAUGCCAACAGUAAAAUCUUAGGUGACGCCAGCAGAGUUAGGCCUACGCUGGCAGACCUACAUUCAUUCCUAAAGGUAAGGCAGGAUGAUUAUCUUCACUUGGCAAUAUAGAAGGCAUCUCAAGGGCAUGGCCUAUCUGAAGAAAUGACUGAGGAAGAUGGUGGUGAGGAUGGAGAAAAGUCUCAAGGGGAUUCUGUUUGAUUUGGGUGGGUGAAGGGAGUGAUGAUUCGUUGCAUGCUGAAUAUCUGAGUAAUUCUGUAUUCGCAAUUGCCCUGGAUCACUGUACAGGCAGGAAUUGCACUGACGUGGCUGAUCAUCUUGACGCCUGUGACUGUGACCAGCAUCAUGGGUUUGUCCAUCUCCGCCAUCUCCACAAACGGCAAAGUGAAAUCAGGUGGCACGCAUUUCCUCAUCUCAAGAAGCCUUGGGCCAGAGCUGGGCAGCUCCAUUGGUCUUAUAUUUGCCUUUGCAAAUGCUGUGGCAGUGGCCAUGCACACAGUGGGCUUUGCAGAAACAGUAUCGCUCCAGGAAUACAAUUCAUCCAUUGUAGACACAACAAAUGACAUCUGUAUCAUUGGGAUUGUUACGGUGACAGUUCUACUCCGGAUUUCUUUGGCUGGAAUGGAAUGGGAAGCAAAGGCACAGGUGCUCUUCUUCUUAGUUAUAAUGGUUUCCUUCAUAAAUUACUUAGUGGGGACAGUGAUUCCCGCCUCUGGCAAGCAAGCAAAAGGAUUCUUCAGUUACAGAGCGGAUAUUUUUGCCCAAAACUUUGUGCCAGACUGGCGUGGACCCAAUGGUAGCUUCUUUGGUUUGUUUUCUAUUUUCUUUUCAUCAGCAACUGGCAUCUUGGCUGGAGCCAAUGUUUCUGGUGAUUUGAAGGAUCCUGCUGUAGCCAUUCCCAAAGGCACUCUGAUGACUAUAUUCUGGACUACAAUAUCCUAUCUGGCAAUUUCUGCUACAAUUGGUGCCUGCAUAGUACGUGAUGCCUCUGGGAGUGUGAAUGACACCAUUCCCAUUGACUCUCCAGACUGUGUGGGACUAGCUUGUGGCUAUGGCUGGAACUUUACUGAAUGUGCUCAGAAGCAAAGCUGUCACUUCGGACUCAGCAAUUAUUACCAGAGUAUGAGCAUGGUAUCUGGGUUUGCCCCUUUGAUCACAGCUGGGAUCUUCAGUGUCACCCUUUCGUCGGCCCUGGCCUGCCUUGUCUCAGUGCCCAAAGUCUUCCAGUGCCUGUGCAAGGGCCAACUAUACCCUCUCAUAGGCUUCUUUGAGAAGGGCUAUGGCAAGAACAAUGAGCCAAUCAGAGGUUACAUGCUGACCUACAUUAUUGCCUUGGGAUUAAUUCUUAUUGCUGAACUGAACACUAUUGCCCCAAUCAUCUCCAACUUCUUCCUCUGCUCAUAUGCUGUCAUCAAUUUCAGCUGCUUCCACGCUUCCAUUACUAACUCACCAGGAUGGAGACCAUCAUUUAGGUAUUAUAGCCAAUGGGCUGCUCUUUUUGGUGCUGUCAUUGUCGUGAUCGUGUUUCUCCUGACCUGGUGGGCAUCUCUGAUAGCUAUUGGCAUUGUUGUCUUCUUAUUAGGGUAUGUGCUCUACAAAAAGCCUGAAGUGAACUGGGGCUUGUCUGUACAGGCAGGUUCAUACAACAUGGCCUUGAACUAUUUGGUGGGACUCAAUGAAGUGGAUGAUCAUGUUAAGAACUAUAGACCUCAGUGUCUUGUUCUAACUGUGCCUCCAAACUUGUGUCCAGCCCUGAAGGAUUUUGUGGGCACAUUCACCAAAAACCCCAGCUUGAUGAUUUGUGGGAACGUGCUGAUAGGACCAUGCUAGCAGAAGAUGCCAGAAUCCAGGCUCAACUCUGGUGGCCAUACAAGAUGGCUAAUCAAGGGAAAGUUCAAGGCUUUCUAUACAGAUGUGGUAGCUGAGAACUUGAGAAGCGGGGUCCAAAUACUUACGCAGGCUUCUGGUCUUGGGAAGAUGAAGCCCAAUGUCUUAGUGUUGGGGUACAAGAAGAUGUUUGUGGAGGGCUACGUUGGAAUCUUGCAUGAUGCCUUUGACUUCAAGCAUGGAGUGUGCUUAAUGAGAACGAAGGAAGGGCUUAAUAUUUCCAGACUGAUGCAGGCUCACAGGAAGUUUAACCCAGCAUUUGAUCCAAGAGAAGACCCCAAAGAGAAUGGAACGAAUGGCACAGCACCCACUGUAAUGGGCACAUUGGAUCCAGAAGCCUUUGUAGCAGAAGAGCAAGCAAGCACCAUCUUCCAAACUGAACAGGGCAAAAAGACCAUUGACAUCUACUGGCUCUUUGAUGAUGGAGGUCUGACGCUCCUGCUUCUGUAUCUUCUCAGUCACAAGAAGCGGUGGGGCAAGUGCAAAAUCCGGGUGUUUGUUGGAGGGCAUAUCAACAGGAUGGAUGAAGAGAGGAAGGCAAUCAUCUUUCUGUUGACCAAAUUCCGACUUGGGUUCCAUGAGAUGCACAUCCUGCCAGACAUCAAUCAGAAGCCACACCCUGAAGACAUCCGGAGAUUUGAGGAGCUGAUCGCCCCUUUCAGGCUCAAUGAUGGUUUUAAAGAUGAGGUGGCAGUGAAUGACAUGAGGCAGGACUGCCCUUGGAAGAUUUCUGACGAGGAGGUUAAUAAGAACAGAGUGAAAUCUCUUUGCCAAGUGAGACUCAAUGAGAUCUUGCUGGAUUAGUCCCAGGAUGCAGCUCUCAUAGCCAUAGCCUUGCCCAUAGCCAGGAAAGGUCGAUAUCCCAGCUCUCUCUACAUGGCCUGGCUAGAAACCCUCUCACAAGACCUGAGACCCCCAGUUAUUCUAAUCAGAGGAAACCAAGAUAAUGUCCUGACUUUCUACUGUCAAUAA